UCUUAGCCCGGAGUCACCUCGCACGGCCGUAAACGCGAGCGUUUUGUCGCCCGUACGCGCGGAGCGGAGCCUCGAGACUCGGCCGUCGACACCGCUCAUCGUCGUCGUCGCGCAGUUCUCGGCGGCACCGGAGACGAGGAACGUCUCGAGCGGCGGCGGCGGCGGCGUGCACGAAAAGCGGUCUCGCGCGUGACGCCGAGACGUCGAUCCUCGUCGAGCCUGAGGACUGACGGGAGACGCAAGGAGAGACGUACCAAGCAUGGGCAAUGGUACGUCGCUGCGCGCACCGUUUUGAUUAAAGAUGGAGGAGACGAGGGACGAGAGGUCCCUGUCGCGAAGACGUUCCGCCGCCUUGAAGGCCUUCAAAGUUAAGGACGAGAGGGUGGCCACCCUCAGGAAGGUGGCGGCGAUCCUGCACAAGUCCGAGAUAGACAGGACGGCGGAGGAGACCGGGAUACUCGCCUCCUGCAGCGAUGUGGUGAAGGAGGUUAAUUUACGGCAGGAGAAACGAGAUAAAAUAAAGGCGAGAUUGGAAGAAGUCGAGGAUGCGCCUGAGAUCCUGGAGGAGAAGUGUAUACGCCUGGCAGCGGCGAUCAGUAGAGCAACGUCGCUCGCGGUGUACACCGGCGCUGGUAUUAGCACGGCGGCAUCUAUUCCAGACUACAGGGGGACUAACGGAGUUUGGACUCGUAUGCAACAGGGAAAGGACAUUGGGAAUCAUGAUCUCAGUCAAGCUGAGCCGACCUUGACGCACAUGGCCCUUUAUGCUCUGUACAAAGCGCGAGUUCUCAAGCAUGUGGUCUCUCAAAACUGUGAUGGCUUACACUUACGCAGUGGUAUCCCGCGUAAUCUUCUGUCCGAGGUGCACGGCAAUAUGUAUGUGGAAGUUUGCAGAACGUGCAAGCCGUUUAGAGAAUAUUGGAGACUUUUCGACGUGACUGAGAAGACUGCGCGAUACCAGCACGGCACGGGAAGAUUGUGCCACCGGUGUAAUUCGAUGUUGCAAGAUUCUAUCGUCCAUUUCGGCGAGAGGGGUAAUCUGCCUUGGCCAAUCAACUGGAACGGAGCAAGCAGAGCUGCGAAACAAGCGGACGUUAUAUUGUGUUUGGGUUCUAGUCUCAAGGUUCUUAAAAAGUAUCCGUGGUUGUGGCAAAUGGACAGGCCCGUUCAGAAGAGAGCCUCUCUGUACAUUGUCAAUUUGCAAUGGACUCCGAAAGACGAGAACGCGGUUUUAAAAAUAAACGGGAAAUGCGACGAAGUGAUGAAGAAGGUCUUGAGCCACUUGGGGCUGGAAAUACCGCAGUAUAAUCGUAAGAAGGAUCCGAUCUUUUUUCACGUGGUAAAGCUCCAAAACGGCGAACAACUCACCAAGACUCAGCCAUGCCUCGAGGAGCCAGCCGUCAAGGAGCCUCUAAGUCAAAGCAGCGACGAGAACGUGAAAUGCGCAGUGCAGGAAGCCGACAAAGAAGACUGCAUAUCGUCCAUAGCGGUGGCUGAUAUAACAACUACUUAUCCGGCACCUUUCUUCACCGCGUUACCGUUUCUAUCUAUGGGCUUGCCAUUUCCUCCUAUGUACAUGUAUCCCCAGUUGACGCCAUUAUUUUAUUAUCCUUUUAUACCAAUACCAAACGUGCCAGCGGAGGCACCGAAACCGAAACCAGCGUGCGCGUUUUGUAUGGAGCAUGAGGGCUCCCUUACCUGUUUGUAUUAUCAACGUGACGGCGACUGUCCAGCACCGAUAAAGGCCGAGAACGAGCAGAAGCAAGAGGAAGGUGCUUUAGUGAUUCGCCCGGACACUCCCGUAGCAUCUCCAAAGAACCCAGGCUGGUUUGGCAAAGGAUAUCGUAAGGGUAUGAGGAGGAAGCGGUAGCAUCCACUCCAUGUAAAUCUAUGCAAUAUGCUUGGCCGACUAUUUACCGGGAUUAUACAAUAUAAUCUUAUAUUAUACAAUAUAUUUACGUACAUAAGUAUUUAAAGCCUCCAUAUCAUAAUGAAACUCGUGCAUAUUUUGUAGAUUUAUAGCAAUUUGAUUCCAGUAUUCAAAGCUUUAAAAAAAGAAAUAGACUGAAAAUUUUGGAAGUAAUGACGAAAAAGCAAUCCAUUAUUUUUGUCCGCUUCAAAAUAAGCUUACUUUGUCGGGCUUUGCCAUGGUCUGAACUUUUUUUCCCAAGGUAGGCAAACGGAGUGCACAUUUUAAUUAAAGAAUAUUGAACAUCGAUCGUUUUUUUCUCUCUCUCAGCUUGAUUUCUUU